CGGCUGCGUGGCCGCCAGCCAGGUGCUACGACGUAUACCGAGACUGACUACCGCACAAUGAUGGACUCUGUGCGCAAUGUCUUGCCGCUGGGACCGGAUGAGUGGGCACGAGUGAGGUCGCUCUACAACGAGCGUGCACUGAGGGAGGGUUGCCCUGAGCGUCAGGUAAAGCCUCUUAGAUCAAAGUUCGAGCAGGUGAGUUGA